UCCACUUUGGAUUAGAUGGUGAAGAUUGUAUGGAUGCACCGCAACCGGUGCGUUGGUGCACCGAAUCCGGGUCCAAGCCAUAAACAGGGAGUUCUACAUCUAUUACAAUAACAUGCAAUUUGGAAAGCUAUAUGGUAAUUGUAUUCCGGUGGAUGUUCAGUUGCUUUUGUUGUUAGGGAACUGUAAAUUGUUUCUCGAUUGUCAAGGGCCAAAAUUUUUUUUUUUUCUUUCACUGAUUAUGGCGAUGGAUAUGGUUUCGAAAUCUGCAAAUUCGAGGAGGGAUAUCAACUGUAACUUCCUCCCAAUGGAUAUUGCCCUCCAUAUAGCUUCUCUACUCCAGAUUUCAGACCUCUGUUCACUGGGUUCAUCAUGUCGAUUUUGGCGCAAUUUGUGUGCAUCUGAUUGUAUGUGGCAUGCUCUUUUAAGGGAAAGAUGGUCUGUUGUCAUGGAAGAGGAAAAUAACAACGCAGAGAUCCAUAGAAAUGAUGUAUGGAGGAGUAUCUACAUCAAGAGGCACAAGGAGAUGGCCUGCAGAGCGGUCAGUGUAAUUGAGUUUGUGAAACAAAGAUCACAAUAUGAAUCACUUGAAAUUGGUGAUUAUUUGGGAGCGAGCGAAAUGCUGUUUACCCUGGGAUUUGGCUUCAAGGAUGUCCAGCUUAUCUUGUUGACAACAAAGCACAGUGUGCUACUAAAUCUGAUAGGACUUCAUUAUUUGUUAUUUCGGCUCAACAUAGAGCCUGAGAGGAUAACUAGAGCUCUCUGUGGUUGCCGGGUGUCAGAGAGGCAAGUUUGUAUAAGAUGGUGGAAGCUAGGGCAGUGGUCUCAUGGUUUUCGCAGGUGCGAUGAGAUGCAUGUGCGCAGAUCAUCACUUGGGGAGCUUUUCAAGCCUGAGAAGAGCGAAAUUCUGUCCAUGCUGUAUCGAGGUGUCAUUCAUGAAGUGCUUAGGGUUCAGAUCUCAGCAGACUUUGGAACAAGUGCAUGGGCACGCCGUGAUAUGCAUUCACAAAGAUGAAUAUGUCUCAUAUGGCCUUGGUUGUGUAUAUAGGUUCUUGCAUGUAUUUGUGGUUGCGUAUGUAUGUGUAACUAUGGAUUUAUGUAUACGUAUGGAACUAUCCACGUGUUUCUGCAUGUGCAUGUGUAUGUAUAUAAUUAUCUCAUGUAUAUAAUAUGUAUGCCUAUACAUGUAUAUUUUGAGGACCUUAAUGUUACCUGAUGCAUGAGGCAAUCUUGUGCAGACGUGGCAUAUGCCUUUUGUAAUCUUGUAAUAUUCUAUUGUUUGCUGACAAUGUAUAUAUGUUAAUCAUAACAAAGUUAUUUAUGCUUAUUUGAUUUUAUUCAA